AUGGAGAAGUGGCGCCGUUUCGGCAUGGGCAGUGGCAACGCCGCAGCUACCAAUGGUACCACCACCGCUCCCCCGCCCACUGAAUCGCCACCUCCAGAGCCUAAAGGCAAAGAGAGGGCGCUCGACGAGGGUCUUUGGGGCCUCGAGAACUUUGGCAACACCUGUUACUGUAACUCGAUCCUACAGGCACUGUACGCGUCUGAGCCGUUUCGCGCAUUCAUCGAGGCUUACCCCGACGUCGCAGCACCGUACAAUGCCCUCGGUGGCGAGAUUGCGACCGAGCCCAUUCCCAGUCCCAGCCUGGAAGCAGUCAAUCCCAACCCGAUGGAGUCGCCCACUGCCAACCCCUCUGCUAAGGAGAAGCGCGGCGGCCUCCUUGGCCUCGGCAAGUCCAAGGACAAGCAGCAGCCCACGAAAGCUGUUCCAGCACCUGUCCAGCCGCCGCAGCAGUUACCACCACCCAUCAUUCUUCCGGCAGACCCGUCGUUCCCGGAGAUGACGCUUCUGGCCACUGUCCAGACGCUCUUUCACCAUCUGAGCACAUCGCUCCCUCACCACCCGGUGUCGCCCAAGAACCCCCCACCCUCUCAACCAAAUGGGUCAGCAGCAGCCGCUUCCCCGUCAGGAGCCCCUGCGGCCAACUCUUCGACGACCGUGGUACAGCUCGGCCCGAACGGUCUACCACUGGGCCCGUCGCUCUUAGCUUCGUUACCGCCGCCUUCGUGUCCGCGCGGUGGAGGACCGUACCAUGCUGGUUCGCUGGGCCGAGGAGUCGUCCGCCCCGAGGAUGUGUUACGCACUGCGCGCCGGCACAACAACAUGUUUGGCGGGCAGCAGCAGCAGGACGCCCACGAGUUCCUGGGCUUUGUGCUGAACCAACUCGCCGAGGAGGUGGAGCGCCUCGAUUCGGAGCUCAAGGAGCGCGGGGAGGAGGUCACCAACUUCAAGGAGCGUGGUAUGACCUUUAUCCACUCGCUGUUCCACGGCGUACUUGUCAACGAGACGCGGUGCCUCAACUGCGAAACGACCAGCUCGCGCGAGGAGUCGUUCCUCGACCUGUCGAUCGACAUUGAGCAGCACUCGUCGCUCACGGCGUGUCUGCGCCAGUUCUCGCACUCGGAAAUGCUGUGCAGCACAAACAAGUUUUACUGUGAGACGUGCUGCGGCCUGGUCGAGGCCGAGCGCCGCAUGCGCAUCAAGAGCUUGCCGAACAUUCUCGGCUUGCACCUCAAGCGUUUCCGCCAGGACCAAAUGGGGCGGUUACACAAGCUCUUCUACCGCGUCACGUUCCCCCUGUCACUGCGAGUGCCGUGUACGACCGAGGACACAGAGAAGGCUGAGAGGCUGUACGAGCUAUUUGCGGUUGUGGUUCACAUUGGAAACGGCCCCACCCACGGCCACUACGUGACUGUAGUCCGAUCCGAGGACGGGUGGGUCAUGUGUGACGACGAGAACGUCGAGCCGAUCAGCGAGGACGACCUCACAAACUACUUUGGUGACAACAUUACGGGAGCGGGCUACGUGCUCUUCUACCAGGCGGUCGAGCUUGACCUGCUAUCGCUUGGGCUCAAGAGGCUUCCCCAGCCCAAAGUCCGGCCGCAGAUGCCCGUGCAUCUCGUCGAGGAAGCGAAGAAGGUGCUCGCGCCGGUCUCUGAGCCUUCCGCAACCCCGGUGGCGACAGCACCGGCUAGCCCCGCUGUCGCCACCCUGGCCAAUGUGCCGUCUCCAGUUGCGCCGGCCACGCCAGUUGACCCUGCGGCUCCAGUUGCCAUUCCUGUGCCAGCCGUGUCGGUCGCGGCGGCUGCACCCUCGUCGCACCCGUCGACACUGUCCAACACUUCGGCGUCUGGCACGCCGAACGGGAGUGUACGCCGUGAGUCGUCGACUGCGUCGUCGCUCCUCACUUCGGCGUUUAUGGAGCACAACUCUCCAGCCCGGCGUAGAGAGCCGUCAAUGUCGCGCUCGACAGACAAAUCAAACCGCUGGUCGAUCCUGAAACGCAAGGACGACCCAGCCACCCGUCAGCCACUGCAGAGGCAGGGUACGGCUACUACACUGGGAACACUGGGAACGCUUGGGACGGACAAUACGAGUUGGAGCAGCAUGCAGCACGACCAGGGCGAGCACACACCUCAACACAGCAACGACAUGAGCUCGUCGAUGAUGUCGUCUCUCUCCGCGACGAGUGCCGCCCCUUCGACGGGCACUGGUCGGUCCUCGCCAAUCCCAACAUCGACGGUGCCGAGCCACAGCAGCCUCGGCCUCAGUUCCUCUACGCGUGCGGACCGCUCGCCGAGUGGCAUGUCGACCUCGAACGGAUUCAGUGGUGGUUCGUCGCUCGGGCGCAAAAUCAGCGACCGCACGGGCCUGGCAAAGUUGUCGCGCAACACGAGCUCGGGCUGGAAGAUGGGUUUCGGCAAGAAGGGCAAGGUCGACGAGUGA